AUGCCCUCUCUAACCAGCCUCCUCCACAAGCUCCUCUGCACCCCUAAACCCUCAGCACGAGACCAAGCCUACGCUCACAUCGCCUCUCUAGAACGCCAGGCAAUCGCGGACCUCCAAUCCGCCCUCCACACCGUCCUCUCCCACACCUCCGGUCAGCUAACCAGCACCUGGACGUGCCACGCCUGCACCUACCGCAACGCCAUCAUCCUUCUCCCCGGGGAGCACCCCCUCGGAAUCCUGUCCUGCAAGUACUGCGCGCACGUAUGCUGCGAUUCGUGCAGCACCAACUCGCCACUCCUCAAAACGUACUACACCGAAGGCGCAGAGCUGCGCUUGCGGGACCGCGACUACGGCGAGCUGCCGUAUGUUGUUGUUUGCAGGGAGUGUGGCGUGAGCUGGAGGGCUGUUGCGACGAGUGUAGUGGAGAAGGAAGGGGAUAGGGAGCUCGUGAAUUGGGGCUUUGGGAAGCGGAAGUGUGUUUGUGGCGCUAGGCCUUCGAUUUGGAAGUCGUGGAUUGGGUUUCGCGUGAGGGAGGGGCAGCGGGUGGAAGGGGAUACGGGGGCGCUAUUGAGCGUCCUGACGGAGAAUCUAAAGCGCGGCGUAGCUGAGUAA